GCGCCCCAGGCAGGCGGUGUCGCUGCUGUCGCUGAAGACCCUGAUGGUGGGGCAGGGGCGCGCCUGGGCGGGGUCUAAUGCUGUUCAGUAAGGUAAUUUGCAGCGGCCUGAAAAAAAGUCCUCUGGGUGCCCCGCGCCGCUCGACUCAAAUUUCCUCCUGUCAACUUUUCUUCCUCUCUUUCUUCUUCACCAUCAAGUCCACACGGUGAACAAGACAAAAGAUGGACAAAGAUCAGCUCGCCCGCUUGCUCCAGGAGAGCCAAGUGCCCAACACUGAGCAGGUCAAGGCUGCCACGGCCGAGCUUCAGAAGAACUGGUACACCAAGCAGGAGACUCUCCUCGCCCUUGUUGAGCUUUCGAUUACACACAGUGACAAUGGCGUGCGCCAGCUUGCCUCUGUCCAGGCCCUGCGCCUCGUCCCAAAGCACUGGGAGAAGCUCGGUGCGGACCAGCGCCAGGCUGCCUGCCAGCACCUCCUCGACGGCGCUCUGAAGGAGAGCUCCGCUACCCUCCGCCACUCUCUGGCGCGUCUUUUGGCUGGCGCCGUCGGUGCUGACAUGGAGGAGGGAGAAGGCACCGACUUCCUCAAGACUCUGCUUCCUCUCAACAACAGCGACAACGUUGUUGGCCGUGAGGUUGCCUCGUUCAUUCUGUAUGCUAUGCUCGAGGAUGACCCUACUCACUUCAGCGACCACACUCACGAUCUCCUCAAGCUCUUCCAGAGCCGCGUCGAGGACCCCGAGAGCAAGGAGGUCCGCAUCAACAUCGUGCGUGCCAUUGGCGCUAUCCUGAUGAUCGUCGAGCCCGAAGAGGAUGCCCAGGCUGUCCAAAUCAUCCAGACCCUCCUCGCCCCCAUGGUGAACAUCCUCAAGGCCACCGUCGAGGCUGAGGAUGAGGAGAGCUACAAGGUCGUCUUUGAGGUGUUCCAAUCCUUCAUUGCCUAUGACACUGCCCUGCUUGGCUCGCACCUCAAGGACCUGAUCCAGUUCAUGCUGGGUCUCGCCGCCAACACGGACGCUGAGGACGAUGCCCGCACGCAGGCCCUUGCGUUCCUCAUCCAAUGCGUGCGCUACCGCCGCAUGAAGAUCCAGGGCAUGAAGGAUGUCGGUGCCGAGAUCAUGGUCAAGUCCAUGCAGAUUGUCACUGAGCUGGACACUGAAGACGACGAGGAGUUGACCCCCGCUCGCACAGCCAUCAGCCUGAUCGACACCCUUGCAAGCGAACUUCCUCCUCGCCAGGUGAUCGUUCCCUUGCUCGACGCUUUCAAGGCCUACGCGACCAACUCCAACCCCCAGUACCGCAUGGCCGCCAUGCUUGCCCUUGGCAACGCUGCUGAGGGUGCCCCCGAGUUCAUGUCCACUCAGGUGCCACCGAUGCUCGACGUCAUUGUUAGCCUGUUGAGCGACUCGGAAAUCUCGGUGCGCUAUGCCUCUCUCAUUGGUCUGAUUCAUCUGGCCGAGGAGAUGGCUGAUGAGAUGGCUUCCCACCACGAGCCAAUCCUGUCCGCUGUGCUUAAGAACCUCGAGGCUGCCUCGCAGGGCCCUGCCGACAAGACCAACAUUGCCAUCAUCCGCUCUGCUUGUGGCGUGUUGGACACCUUUGGCGACGGUGUUGACACCGACAUUAUGGCCCAGUAUGGCCCUGGCCUCAUCGCCCCCAUGGUUCGCCUUCUGGACCACGAGAACUUCGGCGUCAAAUCAUCAGCUGCUUCAGCCGUGGGCGCCAUUGCCUCUAGCAUGGGCAGGGCCUUUGAGCCAUACUUCAAGGACACCAUGGCUGCGCUCGGCCGCUUCGUUGUUGUCAAGGAGAACGAUGAGGCUCUUGAGCUGCGCAGCUCCACUUGCGACAGCAUGGGCCGCAUCGCCAUUGCUGUUGGUCCUCAGACGUUCCAGCCUUACGUCGAGAACCUGAUGCAGGCUAGUGAGGAGGCUCUGCACCUUGACAACCCCCGCCUCAAGGAGACCAGCUUCCUCUUGUGGUCCAACCUGUCCAAGGUCUAUAAGCUUGAUUUCAACCACUUCUUGCAGGGUGCUUUCCAAGGCCUGUUCCAGUCCCUCGAGCUUGACGAGGAGGAGAUUGACCUGCCCGGCAUUGACGCCAGCCAGCUUGGCGACGGCAGCAUUGUCAUUGGCGGCAAGCGCGUCAAGGUCAAGGCCCCGGAGAACGAGGAGGACCUCACCAUUGCCACCGGUGGUGAGGAUGACUGGGAUGACAUUGAGGACCUCGACGACCUCGGUGCCGUGACCGCUGUUGCUCUCGAGCAGGAGAUUGCCCUGGAUGUCCUGGGUGAUAUUAUCUCAAACUCAUGCACCAGCACCGAGCUCGAGUCGUAUGUGCAGCAGACCAUCGAGAAGGUCACCCCCUUCGCCGAACACACUUUUGAGGGAUGCCGCAAGACAGCUCUCGCUACGCUGUGGCGCAUCUACGCCCGUGUCUUCCAAGUCUGGCAAGAGAACAGCGGUAUCACGUGGGAGCCUGGCAUGCCCCCUAAGCACCAGCCCCCUCAGUCUAUCAAGACCAUUGGCGAUGCUGUGCUCAAGGCGACCAUGAGCAUCUGGGUCGAAGACGGCGAGCGCUCGAUCAACAGCAAUGUUGCUGCCACGCUGAAGGAGUGUGGCCCCGCCAUUCUCCACGCCCCCGAGAACAAGCUCCUGGAACAGGUCAUCUCCAUUAUCACCUCGCUCAUCACUGGAUCGCACCCCUGCCAGCAGGAUCUUGGUGACGAGGAGGAAGUCCACGACCUUGAGGCCGGCUCUUCCGAGGUUGACUGGCUCGUCGUUGACACCAGCUUGGACGUCAUCAGCGGUCUGGCCGCUGCCCUUGGUGCCGACUUUAUGGAGUUGUACACCAUCUUCGAGAAGCCCCUCCUCAAGCUCGCCAGCUCCACCGAGGACGUGCACCGCUCUACUGCCGUUGGCACCAUUGCCGAGAUUAUCAAGUAUGUCGGCCCUGCCGUGACCAGCCGCACCGAGUCUCUGGGCCAGACCAUUGCCCGUCGCCUGACAGACACCGACCCUCUCGCCAAGUCGAACGCGGCUUACGCCAUUGGUCUUCUCUUGUUGAACUCUGAGGACACCUCCAAGACCUUCCCUCUGUACCCUCAGAUCUGGGAGAAGCUGGAGCCCCUCCUGUCUGUCAAGGAGAUGCGCAUGACCGACAACGUGGCGGGAGCCGUGAGCCGCAUGAUGAUCAAGAAUCCCGAUAACGGAUUCGUCGAGCAGGCACUGCCCGCCGUGGUCAAUGUCCUGCCGCUGAAGGAUGACUACGAGGAGAAUGUUCCUAUUUACCAAGCCAUCUACCAACUGUACGGCAGCUCCAACCCUGUCGUGCAGCAGCUCACCCCUCAGCUCAUCCCUGUCUUUGAGAAGGUGAUGGGCGAGCCCGAGGAUCAGCUCGAGCCCGAGACCCGCGAGCUCCUGAAGCAGACGGUGCAAGGGCUCUACAAGCAGCAGCCUGGUCUGUUUGCCAACAACACGACGCUGCUGUCGUACGCUGGCGUGCAGUAAGGGCGAGGGCGGGCCGACGACGAGGACAUGACGCAUAUGAGUGACGAACCGGGCAUGAAACGGCAUGCUUGCAAAAUAGACCUUGCUGGAAUGGACGCAAGAGGGGUGGGAUGGAUAGACUAUUUGAUGAUACCGUAGCACAUUCAGGAAUUUUACAUUGGCGGGAGCAUAUUGCUCCUCACUUCACAUUCAUUGCCUUGGCGUGUUGG